UGAAUGGUAUAAGAAGCAAAAUUCACUUUAUUUAAUUCUGGCUGAUUUACAAAAUGACUUCCUGUUGGAGUUUUAGUGCACUAAGUAGGGUGCAGGUAGAGCGUAGUGCACUUACACAGGGAGUAGGUUGCUAUUUGGAAUGGAGACUAAGUGAUCUUAAAGUAUGGUAUGGAAAGCACGAUCCAACGAAUGACUUCAGUGUCAUUCCGUCAUGGAACAGAGAGUUUGUGUGCCUGAUUGGUCUGGAAGAGGUGGUCCUGUUUCGUUUUGAGAGGCUGGACAAGACUGUAUUCACUGCGCCUAACAAACGUAGAACCAGGGGGAGGCCGAAGAAGAUUCCUAUACCCGCUGUUGUGCCGGCAACUCUUCCCAAAGAUCCAUACACCUGUGUGAAGUGCAACACCGAUGUCUCUUGUUCAUGGAAAUUUGACGUGAACUGUUCCAUCUUGUGUCAUUCUUGUGUUAAGUGCAGUUGGAGGAAAGAUCACUGGCUCUCCAGUGGACCAACAGAGACCAUUAUCAAAUCAAAUUCUGACAACUCUUCCAUUCUCACCUCAUCCAGUAAUGCUGUGUGGAAUGAGCCCCAGUCUUUGAAACAAGCAGCCCUCCGUUUGCAACAUUCCUCUCGUUCAGUCCCUCAAGAGUGUGACCAGCAGGUCUUCAAGAACUCCUUAUCUUCCUCUUCCAAUUUUCACCCUGAUUCACCUUCCUGCUUGUGCUCUCCUCUUUCCUCAGAUCUUUCCUCCUCCCCGCCUGACUAUUGCUCUGAUACAUCUUCGCAUUGGUCCUCAUCCAUUUCCUCAGAUAACUGCUUCUCUUCUGAUUCCUCAUCUUCCUGUUGUCUGUCCUCCUGUGGUCUUUGUAAUGGCUCUUCAUCUUCGUGUCUCCCCUCUUCCUCAGAUCUUAGCUCCUCUUCUUCAUCCAUGACCCCAUCAGCUUCUGGUUCUCCACCAAAAAAUUCAAGUAAAUGGGUCUUGCAGAAGGUUAAAACGCCUUACUGGAUGGAGACUCCACUUGCCAGGGCUUUAUUUAAAGAUGACAAGGGUAAGAAAAAAAAGGACAAAGAGAAGGAAGAACAACUGACAAAGUCAAAAUGCAAAGAAGAGAAGACUGGGAAGAUGGCCGCCUUACGUGUACCUUCUUUGUCAUCAAAUCAGCAGAUCCUGCCAAAGACUCAAUCUGCACUCCCUGACUCAGAACAGUCAUCGUCACCAUUGCUCAGGGUUAGUAAACACCAACUUCAGACUCGGAUGUUGACUCCAAAUCCGCGUAAAACAACAAUUGCUGAAGAGAACAAACUGACAAUGGAAGAAGGGUUGAAGACUGGCCAUGGCAAUUUGCAAAAGGUAACUCCUAAAGUGUCACAUGGUCACAUUUCCUCAACAAAUUCAGGAUCUUCUACCUACACCUCAGAUUCUGGGAAGGCCACAGUCCACUAUCUACCUACAUCUUGGUCAGAUGUCUCGGGCAAUGUAAGACAGCAAGACUCAAUGGCGAUCCCAAGAUGCUUUGAUGAUAAUAAAAAAGAGUCCAUCAUGAAGAACAAAAAGUUCAGGACUAAGGUGCAACAUCAGGCAUCCCACGCUCACCCCUCUUCAUCUUGGAUCAGUUCAGCUCCUACACGUGCGUCCUUCUUAUCCCAAACUGUGUUAUCUAGCAACCAGGGAAAGACCAAACCUCAGGAGAAGUGGGAAGCAGCUCCAAAUCAGAGGAUUCAGAAGCCAAAAACCUCCAUGGGGUCUCAUGGCAGCCAUCCAUCCUGCUCUUUGUCUUCUUCUUCUUCUUCAUUGGCCAAACUGAGAAAGUGAACCAGCACGUUCUGGUGUCACCAAAGAUGAAAAUUUACACUACAAAGAUCAGGUCAACUCCUAAUGGGAAGCCUUGUGACCCCAAGUGAGAGAAGGAAUGCAGCUGGCUUUCUUUGCUUCCUGAUCCUCUAUCCUAUCUUACCUUAGCCAUUUCCUUGCUUUGCUGCCGCUUGAUCUCUCUUCCAGAAACGCUGUCAAGUUCUCUGCAAUACAGGGUUCCAAUUUCCUCUUUAACCACUCUGCCACUUUACAUCAAGAUAGUAUAGAGCAGGGAGUGUCCAAUCUUAUCUGCAAAUGGGCGGGGUGGCUGCAGGAUGUCUUUCUAACAAAUCAGGAACCACACCAAGUGCAGAACCUGCAGAACAUCAGCUUGUGGAUUGGUUGGAAAGAAAACCUGCAGCUACACCGUAGGUUCUGUACCAGGUGUGGCUCCUGAUUGGUUAAGAACGCAAACCUGUACCAGCACCAGUCCUUUGCGGUUAAGACGAUCCAUGUCUUCCUUGCAGGGUUGUUUUCAAGUUACUUUAUAUGGUAAAGACAGGUUCAUGAACAUGUUUCAUAAGUUUCAGAUUAUAAGUGUAUAUUUUUGUUCCUCUAUUGGCACUUCAAAGUUUAUUGCUCUAAGUUUUGUUGUUGUUUCUUUAUUGUUAGAACUUAUUUAAUAGAAGGCACACUUUGCCUUGAAUUAAAUGUUUUGGUUAAAAAGGAAAAUACAGGAAUUAGCACAUUUUGUGAUGUUUGGUUUAUACAUCUUCCGGUGAUUUGUUCUCAAUGCUAUAAAGUAACAAUUGAUAUAAAUAUUUGUUGUGGCGUACAAAAAGUGUCAAGAGUGUCAUAACUUAUAUCAAUUUCAUGUUGUAGUCAGUAAAUCAAAAUAAAGCAUUCUUGUUCGUCUGAAGAAUAAAACGUACCGUGCUACAAAAUCCAAAGAGGCUAAUGUUUUGAUUAAUGACGUGAUAAGACAGUUGAUGACAAGUGUGACUGCUGCUUCUAAACCUUCUAAGAUAUCUACAAAUAUGCUUCUAAGAUAACUACAAAUACAGCAGUGGCAAUGGUGAACCGUAAACAAAACACACUAAUGGAUAGAAAAGAAGGAAACCGGGUACUACGGUUGCCUCCCCCAGCCCAAAGACGUGUGUUAUAGGCUGAUUAGCAUUUCCAAAGUGUCUGUAGUGUGUGAAUGCAUGUGUGGUUGUGCCAUGGGAUGGGUUAGCAUCCCGUUCAGGGUGUCCCUCACCUUGUGCCCAGAGUCCCCUGGGAUAGGCUCCAGAUUCCCCCCACGACCCUGUGUAGGAUAAGCGGUAUGGAAAAUGGAUGGAAGUUAGUUUGAGAGCAUGUUUGUGAGGUUAGCUCUUCAUGUUACCUGAUCGAUUGUUUGUAUAUGUUGGAAAGGUA